AGAAAAAGAGAAAUGGAAGGAGAUAAGAAGAUGAAGAAGAAAGUGAUGGUAGCCAUAGACGUGAGCGAAAGUAGCCACUAUGCAUUAGAAUGGGCACUUCAAAACCUUAUAGAUUCUAAUACACAACUCAUCAUUCUAACCAUCCAACCACUCAACGAAUACAGCUAUCUCCAUGCUUCCUCUUUCGGCUCAACCCCUGUGGAAUUGAUUCAAACAUUUCAAGAAAAUCAGAGGAAGGUUGCCAUGUCUCUUCUAGAAAAAGCCAAGGAGAUUUGCAUUAAACAUGGACUUGUAGAGGAUGUGGAGACAAUAACAGAGGUUGGAGAUCCAAAAGAAGUCAUUUGCGAAGCUGUCGAGAAACAUAACAUCCAAAUGCUAAUAGUUGGGAGUCAUGGCCGAGGACCACUAAAGAGGGUUAUCCUAGGUAGUGUGAGCAACUAUUGUAUGCACAAUGCCAAUUGUUCGGUUCUAGUGGUGAAGAAGCCAUUGUGAAAUUCAUGUUCAAGUUUAAUAAUGGUAUUUAUAUAUAAUAUAUGUAUUAAAUGUUAAUGUGUGUUGUGUGUUCUACAUGUUUGGACUAAGUAAUUAAACAAAUAAAAGGAAGAGAGUGUUUCCUUUCUGCAAUUAUUGUAUUUAAUUAUGAA